AUGCAAAACAUCUUAUCCCGUGAUUGGGACGGGACCGGGAAAAAAACACAGGGAGUGGGAGGUGUGUGUAAAAAUCAAGUCAGUGAGCUCAUCAGGACUCUGCGUAAGAAAGGCUGGACGACUAGCACUAUCGCCAAACACUUGGCCACAACUGGAAUAAGAGCUUCCUUGCGAACUAUCCAGCGUCAUUGCCGAUGUGCUGUUGUGGAGAAGAAGAAGGAACGCAAGCCACGUAAAGUGACAAGUCAGGUGAUGGAAAUAAUAGACUCCAUCCUGAGAACAGACGAUGAACUACCAGCAAGAAAAGUAAAAGAGCUUCUCCAAAGCAGGCACAACAUAACGAUCGGGUUAUACUCGGUGAGAAAGGCAGUCCGGAAUCUUGGCUGGAACUUUGGGAAGCCCAGAUUCGUUCCAAUGACCCGAGGAAAAAACAAAGACUUGCGUGUAAUCCAAGCUCAAGAAUGGAAGGCUGCUGGAACUGAGGCCCAGGUGAGGAGGAAGAGGAGGCUGCACUCUGCCUGUCUGAAAACGCACUGA